AUGAGGCCUUCAGUGUUGAGUCCGGCGCGGCUCGGGCCACUGAAACCAAUCAGUCUUGCGACCGAGCUGUCGACUCGUGCACAGGUCGACUUUCGCCAAUUCUACCAUAUCUUCCCUCGAAAGCACAAGCCCAGUAUAACUCGGAAUCCGUCUACUUGGGGCAGUGUGAGUUCCGUCAUACAUGCGUCCAGAAGUGUUUCCUACGAACAAAGGGCGAAGGACCUCAACCAGCAAGGCGUCGAUGAAGCCCUUUCAGAGUUCGAUACUGCCGUGGCCGACGACCAGGAAAAACAACAGCGAGCGCCAUGGCAUCGCCAGGGCGUGGAUGUGGCACCUGUUCGUCGCCAGCGGUCCGCGGGAGCAAUGACAAAAGGCGAGCGGUGA